GAGGAAAAACUGUCAACCAUAUCCAAAGUGCAGGACCAAAGAGAAGUAAAUAAUGUAUGCUUUUGUUAGAUUCUUUGAAGACGAUAUGUGCUACGCGUUACCCGUUUCAAAUGUCGAAGAUUUCAGACCUCUGCACAAAACAGAUUUUGAUAAUCAGAAGGUGUAUCUGGUUCACAGAACUGAAGAGAAUGGCAGCGCAGGCCAGCCGUGCGAAGCACAGAUCCUUGCCCUUGCAGAUACAGUAGAGGAAUUUGAAGACAGUAUAAUGCAAAAGAAGAUGAAAAUUCCCAAGAUGUCCAUCAAGAAUUCAGGAAACUCUAUUGAGAACAAUUUUGGAGAGGAGAGGAUGCCUCUCAGACAUAAAAAGGCCCUGUCUCAGGACCACGGACGCCCCCUUUCCAACUCCUCCAAGAGCCUGGCAGCAGUAGUGGCUCGCCUGGAGAGAAAUGCAGCCAGCUCCUGUAUGGAGGGCGAGGAGGACCUGGACGAGGACCGGCUGGCCGAGGAGGGAGAAGAUGCGGACGACGAAGAUGAAGAUAUGGAAGCAGAGCAUCAGCAACAUCAUCACCAGCAGCAACAACAGCAUUUGGAGGUAGACACGGAUUGUGUGUCUGGGAUAGCUGCGGCGGUGGUUCCUAGGGUCCUGUACGAGGAGCUGGUUCACAGCUACAGGCAACAGGAGGAGGAGAUGAGGAGGCUGCAGCAGGAGUUGGAGAGAACCCGCAGGCAGCUGGUGCAGCAGGCCAAGAAGCUGAAGGAAUAUGGCAGCUUGCUGACAGAAGUCAAAGAACUGAGGGACUUCAACAGGAGGCUGCAAGACGUACUUCUCAUGAGACUAGGCAGCGAGCCUAUGCAUGACAAUGGCACUCAGACAAUCAAGGCUGAAGUGGUUGAACCCAUUGUUGAGCCCCAGGAGACAUGCAGAGAAGAAGCCAACACCAGUUCCAGCUACUCACCUUCACCCAGAACAGUGUACACCUGCAACGAUGGGAAGGUACACCUCGGUGGAGGGAUCUGGGUGGAGGAGGAGAAGUGGCACCAGCUGCAGCGGACCCAGGGAGACUCCAAGUUCACAAAGAACCUGGCUGUAAUGAUCUGGGGCACAGAAACCCUCAAGAACCGUAGUGUCACUGGAGUGGCCACCAAAAAGAAGAAAGAUGCCCUGCCCAAACCUCCACUGUCGCCCAGCAAACUGAAAAUCGUCAGAGAGUGUCUCUACGACAGAGUGUCUCAAGAGACAGCCGACAGUGCAGAGAUUACGCAGAGAUUGUCCAAAGUGAACAAAUACAUUUGUGAAAAGAUAAUGGACAUCAACAAGUCCAUCAAGAACGAGGAGCGGCGGGAGUCCAAGCUGCUCAUCAGACAGACAGUCAAGAUGGAAAACUUCACCUACGAUGGCAUGUAGUGAUCAACUGUUGUCACGCCAGCGCCUUCUGCCCCCCCCCCCCUCGUGGUCCGCAGGAUAUUGAGGGGACUUGAUAUGGGUGGUUGGAGGGAUGUUUGUCACAAUUUCAGGAGCAGUCAUUUUUUCUUUGAUACAUCGGAUUGGUUAUUACGUGAAACGUUAAAACAAAUCAACCCCUUUCCCAGCUCCCUAACCAUCACCUUCCUCAGUGCCCAGUUUUCCCAUUGGCUUUACCCACAGACAGCUUUACCCACCAGUGAGAGGUUGUGUGAACUAGUUUGAUAUGAGCUGGUAUGAGUGUUUUUAUAAGCUUUACAGUGGGUUUGGUACAGAGACAUGAUUUAUUGUUGUGUGUGCAUUUGUGUCAAAGGAGAGAUUAGGUGUAAUUGUUAAAUUGAUUUAUUGUUCUGUGUCAGAACAUAGCUUUGAGUCCUAAAACUUUUAAAAAGUAUGAGGUUAUUUCCCUAAGUAAAGUCUUCUGAUGCUACAAAGAUGAUGAUGCUAGCUUGCGUUAGGUCUUAGACGUGUGAACGGCUGGAUAUUUUGGUGACUACCCGAUAACUGCUGGGAACCUGAGUGUUUGCUGUUGGUACUUACUGCAUAAAAUGGGACAUCAGGGUCUCAGAUGCACAAGUCUUAAUUGGUAACAGCCAUAUUUUGCAACAGAGGUUCUGUUGCGCCAAGAGAUUAAUCAUAAGUGUGUGCGCCCCCUUAACUGUAGGUCAGUGACAACACUUUGCUUUAUUAAAGAGACAGCUUACAGAGGUUAAAUGGGAAGUAUGGCUCUAAUGUAGAGUCUAUAGAGUGCUAUAUUUGUUUUGUUUUUUAUGCUGACCAUUUAGUUAUGAGCGUUUGCCAUCAGUGAGAAAGGUUUGGAUGGGAUGUUCCUGUGUUACUCUUAAUCAAACAUGUCACUUUAAGACAAUUUGACUGUUUAAUGAGUUGUAGUGGUACAGGCAUGUUGAUGCCUCGAAAGGCCUUAAAUGGAUUUGGCAAUCACCAGGGCUGGUACGCCCCUGGGUUUUCUAGUAAGCUGUGAUUGUAAAUGUAUAGUAAGCUGAAGCGACGAAGCUUCACCUGCACUUUGCUGUGAGAAUGUGAGAGGUGGCUAGGUACUAUUUUCUGUGUGACUCACACCAUUAAGUUGAGCUGAGCCGGGCUACUUGCUACCCCCCACCUCUUGUAGUUAAAAGAUGCUGCGCUGCACGGGACAAUGUGGGGAAGAAAAAAAACAGGGCACAGCUCUGCGCGGUUCAGGUCAUCUUCAUGUGGAAGCAGUGUUAGCUGUGGGUAAAGCUGUCUGAAACGCUAUUGUGCUGUCUGAAGUCGUCUGGGCCUGCUGAAUCCCAUAAUAACCCCCUCUUUUUUAAGCCACACCACUGGGGAACAAAGUAAGGUCGCUCCAGUGACAAUUUCCUCUGAGCUAUGCCAUCAGAACUUUGAAAAUGUCCUUUUUUUUCUUGUAUGUUUUUUUUUAUGAGUUUUUUUUUUUUCUUCUCUCCAGUUUUUUUAUUGUUUUGAUCCAAAAUGGUUUGUGUGGCUGUCUGCAGGCUGGAACUAAACGCUGCAGAUUGAAAUCUCAACUGUGACCUAGCUGUGGCUAACUGUGAAUCUGCUGCAGAGCUGCCCAUCAAGCCUCUCUCCUCUUCAUACUUUAGAUUCUCGUUUGUCGGUUGGUUUAUUUCCGUCUAUCAUUUUGUCUGUCUUGUUUUUUUGUUUUUUUUUGUUAUUUCAAAAGUUCAGAUCAGCCUUUUGUUAAGCUACCUUUGGAGAAAUUUUAGUGUACAUAAAACAUAUCUUUUUAUUUUUUCCACCAAACAUGGGUAUUUCAGUUUGUAGUCAUGUUACAGUUUUAAAGGUUCUGGUUUAUCUAAUUGAUGUUGUAAUUCCACGUUACCUGACAAUUUCUUGUGUUUCUUUUUACACUUUUUGUUUUUUUCAUAUGAAUUGUUGGCUUUAAGCUUGAUGUUGUAUCCAAAUGUAGAUUGUUAGAAUCUACAAAUGAGAAAAAAAAAUCCCCCUUUCCUGGCCAAAGUGAUCUCUGUGGAACAAGAGAG